AUGUCGGGCGCUCUGACGCAGACUGCGCCUUACAGUGACGUACAAGUCCCACUGCGUGUGGCGAUGGACUUUGUGUAUACGACCGACUCGUUGUGUCGGUUCGCAAGGGACUUCGCGAACUCCAGCGACGCGCUGGCGACGAGUCUCCUGCCGAUCGACUCAGGAGCUUUCCGAGGCCGUCUGCAGCUGACCACAGCAGCUCAUGGCACUGGCUGUGCUUUGUAUGUGGUUGUGAAGGGCGAGAUGACUACUGCUACUGCUACUGCUGACGGUACAGACGUUUAUGGUGUGGCGCGUGCCGUGCACCAGCACGUGACCGAGUUCCUGAGUGGCAAAGGGCUCUCGACCGUUGCACUGGCUCGAGCUUCAGUGGCUUUGAACGACGACAAGCGGCUGCAAGUGUCGAUGGCGACUGGAGGAACGACAGCAGAGCACACGAGUGUGCUUACAGUACAGAAAGGAGCGUGUACGGACCUGCUGGACGCGCUUGAGGCUGGAGCUGACGUGCUGCUGCCGACUCACGUGCAGACGAGUGCUCUGGAAGUCACCAGAGUGGACGCAGCAGGUGAUGCCGAGGAAUGCCUCGUAUCCGUUGACGUGGAUGCACUGGCUCCACAACUGGGUGCAGACGCUGAUGCUUUUCAGCUGCUGAAGGCGGUGGACGAGACGAUAGACAGCUUCUUCGCGCGCCAAUCGACUCCUGUCACACUGACCAGUGCGACUGUUCAAUUGCAUUUGAAGUUGGAUGAUGCGAGUGGCGUCCUGGACGUGGCUCAGAAGACAGAGAGUGUGGAUGCCCAUGGGCCGACUAGUGUGACGCUCAAUGCGCCGUCGUACAAUGAGGCACUGGGCAUUUUUGCUCUCCUUGCUGCACUUGCAGUCGUGAUGAUAGGGGUCGUGGCUCUAAGAAAGCGCAACGAUCGCUGCAGUCGCGAACGCUAUGAGCGCGCAAACCGUUCUGCACAGAUUCGUCGUGUUUCGAUUCGCAUGAGCCGGUGCGAUCAAGAUGCGGGUCACGAGUGCGAAGGGGAAGAGGAUGGUCUGCUGUAG